ACAGCGAGGAAAAUACCACCAGAUGGCGGUUUAGGAUUGCUGCUCUUCUCAAAGGCGCGGUUCUGCUCGCAUAGCCAAUUUUCAAUAUUAAAAUCCUUUCGGUCUAAAUAAUAAUAUCGAUUGAAUAAUUCGGGAGAUUGUAAUUUUGUCAGCGAUGGUUGGUGAAGGGGCUGGCAUGUUGUGAGUGUGCUGGUUGUGUCUGCAGUGUUGAGCACAUCUGUUCCAGAACUCCUGCCAUCCAGCCCAGCUGACUUCCACCCUACUCCUGUGGACGGCACACACCCACCCACACACACACACACACACACACACACACACACACACACACCCAACAGCAGUCAGGAUGAUCACCUCAGAGCUUCCUGUUCUGCAGGACUCGUCUAACGAGUCAGGAGCUACAGACGCCGUCAGUCUCAGUAUGAGUGUGAGUGAGAUAGAGGACCCCGCAGAGGCCAAGGGCAAGAAGAGGAGAGGAAGGCCUGUCAAACCUGCGACGGCCAAUAAGAAGCCCCGUAAAUCCCUGUCGGAAAAAGGUGUGGGAGGGGCGAGAGGGCGGAAGGCCAAUGGCGUGGCCCAGCAUAAUGGAGAAGGCGGAGAGCCUGUCACACUGUUCGAGGUCGUCAAGCUGGGGAAGAGCGCCAUGCAGUCUGUGGUGGACGACUGGAUAGAGUCCUACAAGCAGGACAGAGACAUCGCUCUUCUGGACCUAAUCAACUUCUUCAUCCAGUGCUCUGGGUGCAAAGGAACCGUGAGGAUCGAGAUGUUCCGGAACAUGCAGAACGCUGAGAUCAUCCGCAAGAUGACGGAGGAAUUCGAUGAGGACAGCGGUGACUACCCCCUCACCAUGCCUGGACCCCUGUGGAAGAAGUUCAGGUACAACUUCUGCGAGUUCAUCGGCGUGCUCAUCCGCCAGUGUCAGUACAGCAUCAUCUACGACGAGUACAUGAUGGACACUGUCAUCUCCCUGCUCACUGGACUGUCGGAUUCGCAGGUGCGAGCCUUCAGACACACCAGCACCCUCGCAGCCAUGAAGUUGAUGACGGCACUGGUAAACGUAGCGUUGAACCUGAGCAUCCACCAGGACAACACCCAGAGGCAGUACGAGGCAGAGAGGAACAAGAUGGCUGGCAAACGGGCCAAUGACAAGCUGGAACUGCUGCUACAAAAGAGGAAGGAGCUCCAGGAGAACCAGGAUGAGAUAGAGAACAUGAUGAACUCCAUCUUCAAGGGAAUAUUUGUCCACCGCUACAGAGAUGCGAUAGCGGAGAUCCGGGCCAUCUGUAUUGAGGAGAUUGGAGUCUGGAUGAAGAUGUACAGCGAUGCCUUUCUCAACGACAGCUACCUGAAAUAUGUGGGCUGGACGCUACAUGAUAGACAAGGCGAGGUGCGUCUCAAGUGUCUGAAGGCGCUGCAGAACCUGUACACCAACAGAGAGCUGUUCCCCAAGCUGGAGCUGUUCACCAACCGCUUCAAGGAUCGCAUCGUGUCCAUGACCCUGGACAAGGAGUACGACGUGGCUGUGGAGGCUAUCCGCCUGGUCACCCUCAUCCUACAGGGCAGCGAGGAUGCACUGUCCAAUGAGGACUGCGAGAAUGUGUACCACUUGGUUUACUCUGCCCACCGGCCGGUUGCAGUGGCGGCGGGGGAGUUUCUGCACAGGAAACUGUUCAGCAGACAUGACCCCCAGGCAGAGGAGGCCUUGGCUAAGAGGAGAGGGAGGAGCAGUCCAAAUGGAAACCUCAUCCGCAUGCUGGUGCUCUUCUUCCUGGAGAGCGAGCUCCACGAGCAUGCGGCCUACCUAGUGGACUCCCUGUGGGAGAGCUCCCAGGAGCUGCUGAAGGACUGGGAGUGUAUGACCGAACUGCUGCUGGAGGAGGCUGUACAGGGGGAGGAGGUGUUGUCAGACAGACAGGAGAGCGCUCUUAUAGAGCUGAUGGUGUGUACCAUACGACAGGCCGCAGAAGCACAUCCCCCAGUAGGCAGGGGUACCGGAAAACGGGUCCUCACAGCGAAAGAGAGGAAGACACAGAUAGACGACAAGAACAAACUGACAGAGCACUUCAUCAUGGCCCUGCCCAUGCUGCUGUCCAAGUACCAGGCAGACUCUGAGAAGGUGGCAAACCUGCUGCAGAUCCCCCAGUUUUUUGACCUCGACGUCUACAGCGCCGGAAGGAUGGAGAAGCACCUGGACGCGCUGCUGAAGCAGAUCCGGCUGGUGGUGGAGAAGCACAUUGAGAUGGAGGUGCUGGAGGCAUGCAGUAAGACCUACAGCAUCCUGUGCUCGGAGGAGUACACCAUCAUGAACCGCGUGGACAUCGCCCGCUCACAGCUCAUCGACGAGAUGACCGACCGCUUCACACACUCCGUGGAAGACCUGCUGCAGGAGGGUGAGGAAGCAGAUGAAGAUGACAUCUACAACGUUCUCUCAACCCUCAAGAGACUCACAGCCUUCCACAACGCCCACGACCUGACACGGUGGGACCUGUUUGGGAACUGCUACCGGCUGCUGAAGGCGGGGAUCGAGCAGGGCUCCAUGCCGGAGCAGAUCGCCACCCAGGCCCUGCAGUGCUCCCACUACUCCAUCCUCUGGCAGCUGGUCAAGAUCACCGAGGGAGCACCCUCCAAGGAUGACCUGGUGGCCCUCAGGAGAGUGGUGAAGUCCUUCCUGGCCGUGUGUCAGCAGUGUCUGUCCAACGUCAACACUCCAGUCAAGGAGCAGGCAUUCAUGCUGCUGUGUGACCUGCUGAUGAUCUUCAGCCACCAGCUGGUGUCGGGGAGCAGGGAGGGGCUGCAGCCCCUGGUGUUCAACCCUGACGCCCCCCUCCAGAACGAGCUGCUGUCCUUCGUGCUGGACCACGUCUUCAUAGACCAGGACGAUGACAGCCAGAGCAUGGAGGGAGAUGAGGAGGACGAGGCCAAUAAGAUCGAGGCGCUCCAUAAGAGGAGGAACCUGCUGGCAGCCUUCAGCAAGCUCAUCAUCUACGACAUCGUGGACAUGCCCGCCGCGGCAGACAUCUUCAAACACUACAUGAAGUAUUAUAACGACUAUGGAGAUAUCAUCAAGGAGACCUUAAGUAAGACCAGACAGACCGACAAGAUCCUGUGUGCCAAGACCCUCAUCCUCAGUCUGCAGCAGCUGUUUAAUGAGCUGCUGCAGGACCAGGGGCCCAACCUGGACCGGACUUCAUCCCACGUGAGCGGCAUCAAGGAGCUGGCACGGCGCUUUGCCCUCACUUUCGGCCUGGACCAGAUCAAGACCCGCGAGGCUGUGGCUACCCUGCACAAGGAUGGGAUCGAGUUUGCGUUUAAGUACCAGAACCCUCGAGGGGCUGAGUUCCCACCUCCUAACCUGGCCUUCCUGGAGGUGCUCAGUGAGUUCUCCUCCAAGCUGCUGCGCCAGGACAAGAAGACUGUCCACUCGUACCUGGAGAAGUUCAUGUCGGAGUCCAUGUCUGAGCGCAGGGAGGAUGUGUGGCUGCCCCUCAUCUCCUACCGGAACAGUCUGCUGACAGGGGGGGACGAGGACCGCCUGUCCGUCACCUCCGGGACCAGCAGCAAGACCAGCUCCAUCCGCAGCAAGAAGGGACGGCCGCCGCUGCACAAGAAACGCAUCGACGAGGAGAGUGUGGAGGGCUCAUGGAUGAUGCGUAACGACACCCUCCAGACACCGGGGGCGCUGCAGACGCCCCAGCUCACCUCCACCGUGCUCCGAGAGAACAGACCCACGGAACACAUCCCGGACCCCGACUCGGAACCUGGCUCCGAGAACGACUACGUACACAAUCCCCAGAUGCAGAUGUCUUGGCUGGGCCAGCAGAAGAUGGAGGAGGUUGGCCGGAAAGACCGGUCCAACAUCAACUACAUGAAGGCACGCAGCAAUCAGGGCGUCAGGCAGACUGUACGUGGGCUAAUGGAGGAUGACGCAGAGCCUAUCUUCGAGGAUGUGAUGAUGUCAUCGCGAGGUCAGCUGGAAGACAUGAAUGAGGAGUUCGAGGACACUAUGGUCAUUGAUCUGCCACCGUCAAGAAACAGACGUGAGAGGGCGGAAUUAAGACCGGACUUCUUUGACUCGGCAGCCAUGAUUGAGGACGAGUCGGGAUUCACCAUGCCCAUGUUCUGAUCUGGGAGACACAGCCUUCCUGAGAUGACCGGAAUCACCUGUCAAUCAUACUGUCAAAAACAAAAACCCCUUCUCUCUCUCUUGGUUGGACACCUGGGUGGGUUUGAAGUGGAUCAGGGAUCUGUUGGGAUCCACCUCGUGGACGUCAGGGAUCCGGUCUCUACAGAGCAGCCAGAGGAUCACUCCCAACCCUCAGAAUGUCAUAACAGGUCAUAGUGAAUAUUGUCCCCAUAGGAAGUCUCACUCACCCUGCUGCUAACAGCUGUGGGACUUGAGGCCCGGUGCGUCCGCCUGGAUGGUACUCCGUCACACAGACGUGAGGUUGUUUUGGUUCCACCACCCCAGUGCCAACACCCUGUACAGUCCCUGUCAGUGUGGCACCUGUCGGUUUCAUUUAACCUGAAGAGAAUCUAGAUAUUAACUGUUCUAAAUCUCUACUCUUUUAUUUAGCCACUCACUCUUCCCCCCCAUCUUUUUCCUUGUCUGUGAUGAUUGUGUACUGUAUCGAUGGUUACACGCACGCACACACAAACAGCUGUGAAUGGUUGACGAAGGACUUUGAAUAAGUGGAGAAAUGUGUAUGUUUUUUUGUGUUGUGGGUGUGGGCCUGAGAGAGGAGUGUUGUGGUUUGAUAGCUGUUUGACAGACAGCCUUUGUGUCCCCCAUCCCCCUCCCUCUUACCCCCAUCUCAGACUCCUCCCACAUCCAAGCUCAAGACACUCGCCACAGAAUUACGGCUUUUUAAACAUUAAAAGAGUAAAAAAAUCAAACAAAAAAGUAUUUUGAAUUCUGUAGCUUUAGUACAAAGUUUUAAAUCAAGUGACUUUUGUUUUGUUUUUUUUGUCUGAUGUUUGUACAGCUCUUUCUGAAUAUAUAUCUUGUUCGUUGCCAAAUUGUGGCCUACAUGCUUAUAUCUUGUCCCAACAACUUAUAUCUGAUUGGUUGAAUCCAAGGUGUGGCUAUGAAGGUUAGCGGGUUUAUCGUACAAGUCUAGUUGUGGCAUUUAAUGGCUGCGCCUUAGUGUAACUAGGAGCUGAUUAGUCCACCGCCUUUGGCUCCAUGGGAUAGACCAAUCAUGUCGAUCUAAUGGUUGUUUUUAUCAUGGAUACCUGUCAGCCCUGUGCUCCUAAUGGUUGGUUUGGCUGUCCUGUAAAUAUCAAAGACGACUGUCUCUUUCUUGUAGUGUCAACGACAUCACUUGCCCUUAAAUGCUUUUUUUCUGUGAACUUAAUGAAAUUCUUUUUAAGAAAAUAAAAUCAGUAAUCAAUUUA